GCAACAAUAGGCUCAAGCAUUACAACAAUUGUGAGGAGGGCACUGGACCAGGCGGCAUUUAGUUCUGUUGUACAGGUAGUCCCAGACUUACGAGGGGGUUCAGUUUCAACGACUCUGUCGUAAGUCGGUUGUGAUGCGUCCAGCACUUGGAUGGAGAACGCGUCUGUCACCUACGACUACAAGGACUACGGUGAGAUUCCGAGUCUCCCCGUGGACUGCCCAGAUGAAUUUUGCCUCACCGCCGACACCCUCCGCAUGGCGCCGCUCCUGCUGUAUGCCGUGGUCUUCCUCGUGGGCAUACCGGGCAAUGCCAUGGUGGCCUGGGUGACGGGAAAGGAGGCCCGUCAGCGCACCAGGGCCACCUGGUUCCUCCACCUGGCCGUGGCCGACCUGCUCUGCUGUCUCUCUCUUCCCAUUCUGGCGGUGCCCAUUGCCUAUGAAGGCCAUUGGCCAUACGGGGCAGUGAGCUGUCACGUUCUGCCCUCUGUCAUCUUGCUGUCCAUGUACGCCAGCGUCCUGCUCUUGACCGCGCUCAGUGCUGACCUCUGUCUGCUGGCCUUCAAGCCUACCUGGGGGGCUGUCACCAGGCGGACACACAGGGUGCAGGCAGCUUGUGUGGCAGCCUGGGCCCUGGCCUUGCUGCUGACUGUACCCUCUGCCAUCUACCGCCGGCUGUACAAGGAACACUUCCCAGCCCGGCUGGAGUGCGUGGUGGACUAUGGUGGCUCAGCCACGGCUGAAGGCAUGGUGACUGCCAUCCGAUUUAUUGCCGGCUUCUUGGGGCCACUGCUGGUCGUGGUCAGCUGCCACAGUGCCCUCAUGUGUCGUGUAGCCCAAUGCCACAGGCCACUGGGCACCGCCGUAGUGGUGGGGUUUUUUGUCUGUUGGACCCCCUAUCACGUGCUGAGGCUAGUACUUGCUGUUGCUGCCCCCAAUUCCGUGCUCCUGGCCAGGGCCCUGAGGGGUGAGCCCCUGGUUGUGGGCCUUGCCCUGGCUCACAGCUGCCUCAAUCCCACACUCUUCCUAUACUUUGGGCGGGCACAACUCUGCCAGUCACUGCCAGCUGCGUGUCGCUGGGCCCUGAGGGAGUCCCAGAGCAAAGAGGAAAGUGUGUUGAGCAAGAAAUCCACCAGCCAUGACCUGGUCUCGGAGGUAGAAGUGUAGGCUAGAGGGAAACUUGUUCGUAUCAUUUGAUCCUGUUUCACAAAACUGGCUUCAGGCAUAGCUAGAUCCAGGGGCUCAACAAUGUCUUCAUUUGUUCCUUCCUUUAUUCAGCAAUCAUUCACUGUGCAUCUGCUAUGUGGAAAGCUCUGUCUAAGCACUGAGGAUACAGUAAUGAACAAAACAGACAUAAAUCCCUGCCCACAUGGAGCUGAUAUUCUAGUGGACAGAGACAGAUAGCAAGCAAACAAAGGCAUGCAGAAAAUGUCAGGUGGUGAUAAGUGCUAAGAAACCUAAAGUAGUGUGAGGGUGGGUUGGGGCAGGGAUAUAGGCCAGCCAAGCAAGGCCCCUUGGGGAAGACGAUAUGUGAGCCAAGACCUGAUGAAGGGAAGGGAGGGAGGAACCAUGCUUAAAUCUAGGGGAAAAGUGCUCCAAGCAGAGGAAAGAACAAGUACAAAGGUCCUGAGGCAUGAAGUGCUUGGCAUACUUUAGGAACAGUGGGGAGGCCAGUGUGGAUGGAGUAGAAUGAGCAAGGGGAAGAAUGGUAUUAGAUGAGGCCAGAGAUAUAGGAAGGGCCAGAUUUUUACAGCCUUCUAGGUCACAGCAAGUGUUUCGGGAAACACUGGGAGCGUUCUGAGCUGAGGUUGCUAGAUAAGAUACAGGAUGCACAGUUAAAUUUAAAUUUCAGAUAAACAAUGAAUAAUUUUUAAAUAUAAAUAUGUCCCAUGAGAUAUUUGGGACGUUUGUCGUUGUUGGUAGCUGCCAUCAGUUUGGCCCCCGACUCAUGGUGACCCGUGCAGAAUGGAACGAAAUGCUGCCCAGUGCUGCACCAUCCCCAUGA